AUGAAAAAAUAUUAUCUCCAAAGUUUUACCACUUCCAAAAUAGAGAAUGGUCUGACGUUACCCAUCGGCUGGCGUAGCACCGGCUUAUCUACAUUCAAUUUGGAACAAUACUGGGACAUAUUGAUCCUUUUUGAAUCAAAGUUCUACCAAUAUAAACCGCAAGACUAUAAACUAUGGACAGCGUUUCUCAUAAAACGAGUAGGUUCUACAUUAAAACAAUUGGUUCACGGAAGUAGUGUGGAAUCUAAGCUGUAUGAUAUUGGUUCCGUUUAUUUUACCAUCUUGGAUCCUACUUUCCAACUGUUUGGCAAAAUAUUACACACCAGUGAUAUGGGUAAGAUAGCAUCAAUUCUUUUUCAUAAUGUCUCAACCACUGCAUUUUCACAGGAUUUGAGAAACCUCAUGCUAAAAAUAUGGGAAUUUUUAGAUCAAGACCAUUUCCAGUGUGAUAUAAUGAUAUUUUAUAUCCCAAACAAAAUAGAAGAUCAUGACUUCGUUUCUAGUUUACUUCGAAAUCUUUCAUGGUUAAAUGGUUCGCUAAGAAAACCGUUGGGUACAAGAACCCCAGACCCCUCUUUCAACUCCAUACAUUGGUCAGAUGACCAGUAUGUUGUAUUGGAAUUUCAAGUGUAA